AUGCCAGCUCUGCACGAUCCGAAGGCUCACAAAACUCCAAUACAACAAUUGUCGAAGUUUAUCAACGUGAUGCUACGCGGUAAAGAAGCAAACGGUAAGUGGAUAAGCACGUAUGAGCGCAUCACAGUAUUUAAAAAACAAAUGGAUCAAAGGUUACGGUCAGGUGGUGCUCGUGUGUACGAUUUUCGGCUUUUUGACCUUGUACUCGGAAACGAAAAGCCAAGCAAGUCGAAAAUUCAGUCAUCGUAUGGCGAUUUCUUAUCGAUGGCAUUCGAUUUUGUAAACAAAUUGGGCAUGAAAAAGAAUAAGAAGGAGUUGAACAUCCGGUUUUUGAGUCCACGCUUUAUGCCUGUGAUGCCAGAUAAGAUGGAAGCAAAUGAGCGAAUAUUAUCACCUUCAAUCAUGUCGUUUUAUCGAGAUGACAGCCCAGACAGUAUCGCGUCAUUGCCAAAAUUACUGGAAGAUAGUGGCAUGACGGAAAAAGAUCGGAAGGCAGUGAUUGAAAUGGUAAUGGAUGUAUCUGGAGCACGGCAUGCUGUCGAAAUGGGUCUCGAUUUUCUCGAGCAAACAAAUUUUUUCGGUCUCGAAGAUAAAUUCUUUGAGGCAACAGAACGCAUUAGCGGCAUUUUCACAAAUCUCGAAAAAUCGUUUAAUAAGCAGCAGUCGAAAGAACUGGAAAAAGAUGGAUUUACUUUCUUGGAGGUGCCGCAAAUCAAAAAAGUUCUCAAUUCGCAUGGUGGAGUUUAG